AAAAAAAAAAAAAACUUUAUUUUAAUUUACUCAGGUUUGUGCUUUAAUUGCGGUAGGAGUACACAUAUGUGCAUCCACGUGCCGAAUAUCCAAUGGCGUGUUUAUUUACGUCCUAAAUGAAAAAAAAAAUUUGACUUUACCAAAACAAAAAUUCAUUUUAUCAAAACAGAAAAAAAAAAGUUAAGAAAAAAAAAAAAAAAAAAGAAAAAGCAACGUCCCGCUAUGUGUUUUUUAUAAGCAAGUUAAUUGCAUGCAUCUUCAAGCCGAGCAGUAGUCAAACACUUUUGAAAAAGCAAUUAAAGACAAAUUAUGUCUUCGUAUCGCAAUUAUAGUCCUUGGAAAUCAUCACUACCAUCUUCUUACAAAUCCAGUACUGGAAGUUCGUAUUCGUCGCGUGAUGAUGUUAGCGCUCGUUUUUCCGCUUUGUCUUCGCCCAGUUCAUAUAGGCCAUCAUUUUCGGGAGGGACGUAUCGCAUUAAGCGAGAUCCUCCUUCAGUUCCGGCCUCUACGUAUGUUAGCCGCUAUGGCUCUAGCAUAACCACUACACUUAAUAAACCCGAAAGAGAUACGAGUGCCAGAGAAGAGUGUUCAGGAUCCCGGACAUCGUCUCUUAAACGUUAUGGUUCCACUGCCAGCUCCUUGGGGCGAUAUUCACGAGAACCUAGCCCUGCCAAUUUAGAGCAUACUAAUCGGCUAAAAAGUCGAGAUCCUAGCCCAGUCAAUCGUUCGUUAAGAGGCAAAUCACGAGAUCCCAGUCCUGCUGUGGACAAAAAAAGCAAAAUUGGUUAUUCUGCCUUGAAUUCUUUUCGUUCGGGUUCGUCUAGAAAUACAUGCGUUGCCAGCUAUACGGGGCGGUAUGGAAAUAACAAUAAUGCAAACAAUGUUGUGAGAGCCUCUGUUCCAAGUGUCCCAGAUAAAUCUAUAUCAUAUUUAUCUUCUAGUGACAUUAAAGCUCGUACACUAAGUAAAACGAAAGAUUCCAGUAAUCGUAGAUCUAGCGAAACUGAUGUAGAAGUCGAACCACCGCCUACAUCCAGUAGGGAUUGCAAAGAUGAUGCAGAAAUUGAAGAACACGAAGAGACUGAUGCUUCACAUGAAGAAGAAGAAGAGAAGGAGAUAUUUAUAACUAUAACCGUAGUAAAUCGAGCAACAUCACCCAAUCCACCGGGUACAAGUAGUGCACAACGAAGUCGCCGUAUGGAUAUAGCUAAAACAAUUGAAAAGACUAUUCAAAGAUCUACUAAGAAAACCGUUAUGUUAGAAAAAGAAAUACAAUCAGAUCGCCUGGAUGAUUCUUCGCGCUAUUCACGUUUUGGCUUGAGUGGCAGAGCUUCUUCUUCUUAUAGUCCUCAUAAUGAUCGCUAUACUUCCACAAGUUUACGUUACAGUGUUAGUCCUCUUGCAAUAACUUCGAGGUCUAGUUCGAGUGAUAACAAAAAAGAGGACAACUCCAGUUCCAGUUGUGCCACCAACGCAACUACUUCCGCCAGCAAUAGCAACAAUAUUAGCAAUGGCAAUAACACCAGCAGUGGCAAGAGCACGAAAUCACCGCUAGUGAAAAUGAAACUGUCUCCGCCUAAGGCGCUAAAAUUAAAUUCUCGUCAAUCUUCUGUUGAGAAUUUAAGCGCUAGUGCUAGUAAACCUCCAGUUGUACCAAAAAAUGAAUAUCUUGCCAAGUGCACUAACGCAAGUACAAGCUCGUCUAGUACAUCAGCUAGCAAACUACCUAAUAAGGAUUUUAGAAAAUCAGCAUUAAACGUGGGACCUACGGAUCGACCCCGCAAAUCUCGGACGCCGAGUUCGGGUACGGAAUCUGACGCUCAAUUAAAUAGUGUAGAGGUGUUAAAUGGAGCCUUACACGUUACCCAAGGCUUAGAACGUUCACCCAGUGCGGGUUCAGAAGUGAGUAACGCCUCUUCACGUUCUGCAAGACGUACUGCACCCGAUAGCAAAUUACGGCUACGUAGUCACAAUAAGCCAAGCACUUCUUCCCCACCGAGCAGACAUAGCAACAACAUAAUUUCUAAACAAUCCUGUAGUAAACUGAGUACAGGUGGCACAAUGCCUAACGUUGCAAUAGCGACGUCAUCUUCAAGUGGUGCAGAAAGUUCUAGUGAAAACAAGAAGCCGGCAAGAAAGGCCGCGAAGAAGAAACACAACAAAGAGGGGAACUUAGUGGUUACAGUAGCAGAAAGUGAGACUAGUUCGGAUGUAGCAGUGAUAAAAUCGUUCAAUGAAAAAAAUUUGGUUGCCAAAUCAAUAGCAAACCAUACGACACAAAAAGUAAGCAAAACUGAAUCAUCAUCUAGCGUGCUGACGUCAAGCAAAUCUAACAAUGUCUCGUCAUCGGAAAAAAAUCCCUUAAGGCGUUUGCAAAAAUUAUCGAGUGUUUCGAAUUUCUUUGUAGCUCAUCAACAAGAUGCUAAUAGCGACGAGCAGAUAUUCGUCGAAAGCUCUGAGAGUUCGGGCGGUGAUGCCGACAUCAAUGCAAAGCAGAGCAACAGUGUUAGCGAAAAUUUCGAAACGAAAACAUCAACAACGAAAAACGAUAGUUUAAUAAAUUAUAGUAGUAGUCAAACGACUCAGGAAAUUUCCUGUGAAAAAACGAAUAGUUCAAACAAAAGAAAAUCUUCUACUAAAUCAAAGUCGAAAACAAAUUCAUCUCCUUGCUGUCUAGACGCAAGCAGAAUAAACAAAACGUCAACUUGUAUGAGCCCUAUGGAAAUGCAAAGUGAAUCCUUGACCUCCUAUACGACGACAACAGCCACCACUGAUUCGAUCACAGAUCAAGAAGAGCCCAGCUGGUGGCAAGAUACAAGUCGUCAAAUUGAUACCGUUUCAGCUUUAGAUUACAAUAAUAUUGAAGAAGUGGGUUAUAAGGCAAGACAUAUUGAAUCGGGUGAACGGGAUUGGUGGUUGAGGAACGAUGAAGACGAUACUUUAGCCGAUGAUGAUUUGAAAACUUUAAAUCAGCAAGGCGACGAUGAUGAUGAUGAUAAUGAUGAGGAAGGAACUGAUCAUUUAAAUUCACUGCCAACGACUCAAAGUGGAAACGAUAAAUCCGCUUUAACGAAAGGAGACUGGUGGACAAAUGAAACAACCGACGAGACUGACGAAAUCGCUAAGCAUAGUGAUGCCGAAUAUAAACCACAUUUUUAUUGUGACGAUAAGGAAGAAAGGAAAUCUUUACCUCAAAAUCUGGCAGUGCCGGAGACUGAAUGCUGGGACAAUAAUGGAAUUGGCAAGGCAAUAAACGAGUCACUUGAACAAGAAGAUUCGAUGCGAUUAAAAUUAUGCAGCGUAGGUUCUGGGGAAAAACUAUGGUGGACAACUGAGGAAUAUCCAGAAGCCGUGAAGCCAAGCCACGAAAUAGCACUAGAAGCUACAACAGCUGCCUCAUUAAAAGAUCAAAAUGUUGAGACUUCUUCAAGUAAUAGUGAACCGAAAAGAUGGUGGAUGGCAGGACCGAUCAAAAAACUUUUCAAUCUACAGCGUGUGGAUUCAGAAGAGAAAGCUUGGUGGCAAGACACCUCUGAAAAGGAAGCUAAGUAUACAAAAUCUAAGCAUAACGAUUCCGACGAGGAGGAAUGGUGGUUAGAUAAUAGUAAAAAAGAACAAAAGCAACAAAAGCACCAAAACGAAACAUCGCAGACGUCUGGGUCUAAUAACAACCAUCAAUCAUGUAGUAACGGUGUGAGUGAUGUCAAUGUUGAAUUAAGUAGUUCGUUUAAUUUUGAAUAUUCAGAGCGUCCGCCACCACUUGGCCAAUGCGCCAGUCCCGUUGAAUAUAGAGAGGAUACUCAGCAAAUGCCGUCACUGUACCCUAACAUUCCAAUGUCAAAAGUGCAGAAAGUAAAUAAUCACCAAGCACAUGUGAUCGCAAAAGCACAGCAUAAAGUGAAUAAUAGGCAGAACUAUGACAACAGUAGCAAGCUUUUUAUAUCACGUCAUCAAAAUAUUGAUGAACUUUUGGGAGGUUCAUGCCGUCCAUUAAGUCCACUCUUCCUGGAUGGUUCGACCUUCGGAGUAAUGCCUAUACAACGCAAUAUGUUUUUAGAAGAGAUAACACCCGAUCAAGUGCGUAUACAUGAUAGUACUCCGCAGAUGCCAGUAAUACAGAUUAUGGAUAGAGUCGAAUACGAGCGUGAUCCUCACAUGGUUAAAACAGCAAUAACAGCUUUGCAAACGCCCCAUUAUGAACAAAAAAUCGAUGAUGCCGCUCUACAAGUCUAUAAAGAUGGUGAUUAUGGAGCCUACUUGGACUUGGAAUCAUCUCUGGCCGAACAAGUCGAAGAAAUCGAAGGUCUUCAUUCUAGUCGCAAAAAUUCUAUGGUUGUGCGCACCCAACUAAGUGUCAGAGUGCAUGCAAUUAUUGAAAAACUACUCUCUGCUGAAGGUAGUAAUCUUCGUAGAGCCUUGUUCUCGCUAAAGCAAGUCUUUCAAGAAGAUAAAGAUCUGGUGCAUGCUUUCGUGGCAUUAGGUGGCCUGAAUUGUUUGGUGCGUGUCGGUAAUGGUGCUGAUCAAAACUAUCAAAAUUAUAUAUUGCGUGCCUUGGGUCAGGUGAUGUUGUACGUGGAUGGUAUGAAUGGUGUUAUGAAACAUGAGCCGACUAUGCAAUGGUUAUAUUCAUUAAUCGCAUCAAAUUAUCGUUCGGUGGUUAAGACAGCCUUGAAAUUGUUGCUAGUGUUUGUUGAAUAUGCCGAAUCCAACUGUCACAUCUUGGUUAAUGCAAUACAAAUAGUCGAUAAGCAGCGGGGCACGUUGCCAUGGUCAAAUAUUAUGAGACUUUUGAAAGAUUACGAUAACGCUGAUGCCGAAUUAGUUAUUUAUGCCGCUUCGUUGAUCAACAAGACCCUUGAGGGUCUCAACGAUCAAGAUAGUUUUUACGAUGAGAGUGAUCUACUGGAACAGCAAGGUAUGGAAUCUGUGAUACAAUACUACAUGUCUAAGCCGGAUACCGAUUUGGAUUUAAUCAAUCAAUUGCAACUUUACGAAGCAGUAUUGAAAUUUGAAGAUGGUGAAACGGAUGGAACACGUUUGCCAGAUAAUACGUUGCGAAAAACUCAAAGAUUUCGUAAUUCCACUGAUACCGCGGAACGUCGUAAAUCUCGACGUCAUAGUACUGGUACUAGCAUAGGCAGCGGUACUUGUGUCGGUACAAACAAAGCAAUACCAGCGCCUUUGCGUUUAACGUCCGGGCAGCCCGCUUUGGAUGAGGAUAGUUCAAGUUCAACAAAUUCCAAUGAUGUCGUCUUUGCUGAUAAAAAGCCACGGGAUGGCGCUGGUGUCACACCCGGUCUUCGAAGGAGACGUGAACGCGCCGAACGACAUAAGAGUUUCCUUAAAGAGCAAGAAGCCGUUGCAGCAGCAGCCGCUGGUAGCAGUUUCAUGGGCGCUUUAGAAAAACGUAGCGAAGAAUUGGGACAAUUAGUUACGGCUAUACCUGUGACUGUGAAAAAUGCGGACAGCCCGCCUGAAUCAUUGACAAUCAUCAAUGAACACAAUAAUAAUAACAAUAAUAAAAAUAAUAUUAAUUGCAAUGGCAGCAACAACAAUAGUCAUAUUAACUUAUUAAGUCCUACCAAGCAGUUAUUGGGCCAUAACAAUACUAUAUCAAUUAUUAAUAAUUCGUUUGAUAAAUCAAAUAACAAUAACAACAACAAUAGUCAACAUUAUCAUCAUCGUCAUCAUCAUCACGGCAACAACAACAAAUUACAAAGCAGUCCCGAAUCCUAUAGUAAUAAGAAGAAUUUACUUAUGGAACGUAACGCGACUGUUCUGAAUGGUCUGUUUUUAAAAAAUCCACCACGUAAUCAUCAUGACUCGGAACACAAUUAUAAAAAAUAUGAAAACGAUGCCAAUCGAUUGAACAAUUAUUAUAAUCAACUUAAUAAUACAACAACAACAAAAAUUGUAAUAACACCAAAGAAUCAAAAUUUACAUCAUCAUCAACAUCAGCAUGUACAGGUUUCACCACCCAAUUAUGCAAUGCCCUCCAAUCCCAGAUCAAUAGCUACAUCCGCUGUAUUUAGUCCAAAGAAUUCCUUAAAUAAUACUGGCUUUGAAUUUACAAAUCCCAUACCGAUCAUCAAUAAUACUACGACGGUCACAGCGUCAAAUACUUCAACACCUUUUUCUAAUGAUAAACUAUCAUAUGCCGCAGCUGAAGAGGAAUUUCUAUACGAUUCCAAUACUAAAACAUCGCUAACGACUCCCUCAUCAUUGGCUAUGCCUUACGUGCCUAAAACAAAUGCUUACAAUACUUUAACAAAUAAUAUGUCAAUGGUGGCACCACCACCACCUCCACCACCGCCACCACCAAAUUCUGAUCAUACAGCGACAGUUUACACCCUUAACCAAACAAACCAACCAACACCGCCUACACCAUCAGCAACAAUGGUAAUUCUCUCAGAUAAUGCAGCGGUUGUUGAUGCGCUACAAAUUUCUGAAUCUGAUAACGAGGAUAAGAAGCUUUUGCUGCAACUGAAACGUGAUCACACUGUAAAGGAUUUGACACAGAAAUUAAGCAAUUUACCUACAAGUCCCACUCAGGAAGACAAACAGCAACAAAAUCGUAUGAUUGGCGAUAUGUCAGGUCUAAUAACUAAAGCCAAAGAAUGCUUGGCCAAAAGUAAAAACAAAGGCGAAAUGUCCAGAUCAUCGAGUGUCGAUCAGGAGCUUAAGAAGUUGGAGCCUAAAAAAUCUGAAAACGAUUUACAAUGGGAAGAGCUGGUGCGCAAUAUGUCACGACCUUUACAUCUCUGUGAUUUAGAUUUUACUGAUUUGACUUCCGAAGAUGAAAAGGACAUUUUGGCUCCUCGCGGUAAUGGUCACGGUGUACCACCGCCCCCACCGCCUUUAGCAGGAGCAACAUUACCGCCUCCUAUGCUGCCCACACAUUUUGGAUAUCCGCCUUCGGUGAAUUAUGCGAAUAUGUCCCUAAGCAAUACCAGCAUUGGCAGCAACUGUAGCGUUAUACCGCCGCCUGUAUUUAGUUACAGUGGUUAUGGCAGUCAAAGUCUAACGAAUAGCGUCAACAGUUCGAUGAAUGGUUCCAUAAACGAUGAAGGGAACAGCUUAAAUACUGUUAGGAAAAAUAAGAAAACGGUUAAGUUAUUUUGGAAGGAAGUACGAGAAGACCUAAUACCCAUGGCUGUGGGUAAAACGAUAUGGGAUGAAUUGCCCGCCGCCAAUAUUGAUACGCAAAAGUUGGAGCACCUAUUCGAGUCGAGAGCCAAAGAUUUUAUGACAAAGAAACAACAAGAAAUGAAUAAGAGUAAAGAGAUUAUUGUACUCGAUCAUAAACGUUCAAAUGCCAUUAAUAUAGCCAUGACUAAGUUACCACCGCCCAGGGCAAUAAAAGCUGCCAUUUUAAAAAUGGAUCCUACUGUGGUGACCAGAGAAGGCAUUGACAAGUUGUUAAAUAUGUUACCCACUGACGAGGAACGAGGAAAGAUACAAGAAGCACAGAUGGCUAAUCCUGAACUACCUUUGGGUAGUGCUGAACAAUUCCUUUUGACUUUAGCUUCUAUAUCGGAGCUGGCAGCUCGAUUGAAGUUAUGGGCAUUCCGUUUAGACUUUGAUAACAAUGAGAAAGAGAUCGCUGAACCUUUGAUGGACUUGAAACAUGGCAUUGAAAUCUUACGCCAUAAUCGCACCUUCAAAUGCAUACUCUCCACUUUAUUGUCGGUGGGUAUAUUUUUGAAUGGUGCUGCCGUUAAGGGAUUCCAAAUCGAAUACUUGGCUAAGGUGCCUGAAGUUAAGGACACCGUACAUAAGCAUUCAUUAUUGCAUCAUCUGUGUCAUAUGGUUAUGGAAUCAUGUGCUGAGACCACAGAUUUAUAUUCAGAGAUUGGUCCGGCUACACGUGCCUCUAAAGCCGAUUUUACUGAAUUAGCUUACAAUUUAAGCCAAAUGGAACAUGAAUGUAAAUCGUCGUGGGACCGUUUGAAGCUGAUAGCGAAGCAUGAUUGUCCGCCGCAGUUGAAACAAAAAUUGGUAGACUUUUUAGCGGAUUGUGCUGAAAGGAUAAUCUUACUACAAAUUGUACAUCGUAGAGUUAUGAACAGAUAUCGCAAAUUUCUCUUAUGGCUGGGAGUACCGCAACAUAGUGUGGCUGAAUCAAAACCGAAUGAGUUUUGUCGAAUUGUUUCGGAAUUCGCUUUAGAAUAUCGUACUACGCGCGAGCGCGUACAACAGCAAUUAGAAAAAAAAGCUAAUCAUCGCGAGAGAAAUAAGACCAGAGGCAAACUGAUUGUUGAUAUAACGAAAUUCAAAACCAAAGAAGACAAACAAGACGCUGAACUUAAAGAACUCUUGGGUACUCCUAGCUCAGAUACGGCCGAUGGCACUCUCACGUGGCGACGUAGGAGAGCGGAAGCUUUAAAAUCUCCUAUUAAUAGGCAAAGUGAGGAGAAUUUUACGGACGGCGACGAUGAGAUCUUAGAGUCUUUAGUGAAGACAGCGACCAAAGCGCCUGGUAGCCGUACAACGCCUAGAGAACGUAAGCGUACCCGCCACGCUGACAGGAAAUCAUUGAAGCGUUCGCGUACCCGCGAAGGAUUUACAGUUGACAAGGCUCCAUCGCCUUAAAUUGUUAGUGUGAUUUCAGGUGCGUCGUACCUUGAAGAACGGCUUAACUGAGGAGGAAAAACAACAUGUGGCAGCCUUAAUACAAACAUAUUAAAGUUACUUUAUCCUGG